CAACACAAUGAACCCACAUGAAUGGCGCUGAAUCAAGAGCUCCACAACAGAUAUUUUAAGCAUGCAUAGUUGCAAACUGUAACUCCCCCCUUCUCUUUGUUAAUCAAGGGUUUCCUAUUUCUUUGAGAUUUCCGCCGAGUGAUUGUGAGAAUCGGAACUAGAAUAUUCCGAUCAUGGUGGCAUCGUGGAACUCGAUUCCGCUCGAGAUCACUUACAGAGUUUUGGGGUGGUUGACCUUCACGUUCUGGUCCGUCGGCUCCUAUCCUCAAGUCAUCUUGAACUUUCGUCGGAAAAGUGUUGUGGGGCUGAGCAUCGACUUUAAGGUGCUCAAUUUCACGAAGCACUCGUCGUAUCUCAUCUACAACGCCACUCUCUACUUCAGCUCCGCCGUUCAGAAGCAGUACUUUGACAAGUACGGUUUCGGAGAGAUGAUACCUGUAGCUGCAAAUGAUGUUGCAUUCUCUGCUCAUGCCGUUUUUGUGACAGCAGUUAUCCUCUUCCAAAUUGCAAUCUAUGAACGAGGAAGCCAGAAAGUAUCUAAAAUUGCAGUUGGAAUUGUGGUUGCUGUGUGGCUAUUUGCUGCAAUUUGUUUCUUUGUAGCCCUGCCGACUCAUUCUUGGCUUUGGCUCAUCUCCAUCUUCAACUCAAUUCAAGUGUUUAUAACGGUCAUCAAAUAUACUCCCCAGGCAUACAUGAACUUCAUAAGAAAGAGCACAGAUGGAUUAAGUAUUUUCUUUAUUCUACUUGAUUUUUCGGGAGGAGUUGGAAGCUAUGCACAAAUGGCUGUGCAAUCUAUUGAUCAAGAUUCUUGGGUGAACUUUUAUGGAAACAUAGGGAAGACACUGCUAUCUUUGAUAUGUGUAUCAUUUGAUAUUCUUUUCAUUUUCCAACAUUUUGUUCUGUAUCCUUCCAAGAAGGCACUGAUAUCUCCUAAAGUUGUCAUCAGCAAGGAGAACUUGGAGCCCCUUGUCAGUUCUGAUAGUCACCAAGUGUCUGGACAUGUAUAGAAACUUCUGUUCUGCUAGUGAAAAAUGUACAAAAGGAUUUGUUCGGAUGUAUGACUAUUUUGUAAUAUAAUGCAAAUGGUGUUGUUCUAACUUUCUGUAUAGUAAAACCCAUUACUUGGGUCUCAAACUUCCCUUUGGGGAUUUGGGUUGAAGUAUGAGUUUUUGGGGUUUUGUUUCUCCUU